CCUCAAGGUUGUGAGCCGACAUUUUGGUUUCUAUUGUUAUUGGUUUUUUGUUUUAUAUAAAGGCUCUGAACGUUAACAUUUUAUUUCUGUCUAAAUUUCGUCCCUUAAUCUACUUUCCAGGAUUUGUUUGGGGUGAAUAUCAGGCUUUCGUCAAACAUUAAACACUAGAUUCACAUCAUAAAAUGGCAUCGGGUAUUGCUAGGUCAAAGCUGAUGAAUUUCGCUUUCAGGUGCCAAUGGAACCCUGUGUCACUCAUAUAUCGUUCUGAGUGUUCCUCCGCAAAAUUUAGUCUUUCUGAUUACAAGUCUUUUAAGUUAGAUUCCACGCCAGCAAAUGAAACUGAAUGCAGUCGUGAUGAUGCACUUAGAUACCUCGAAAGUCUUCACCGUAUUCGUAGAAUGGAAACGGCACUAGGUAACAUGUAUAAAGAAAAGCUCAUUCGCGGUUUCUGUCAUCUAUACUCGGGUCAGGAAGCAGUUGCAGUUGGUAUUGAGGCUGCUUUACAGCCAGGCGAUACAAUUAUCACUGCUUAUCGCUGCCACGGCUUUACAAUGACUCGCGGUGUUCCUGUCCAUAAUAUAGUUGCAGAACUCGCAGGAAGGAGGACUGGAUGCACAAAAGGGUUAGGGGGCAGUAUGCAUCUUUACGCAAAAGAUUUCUAUGGUGGUAAUGGCAUCGUUGGAGCUCAGGUUCCUUUAGGUGUCGGAAUAGCAUUACGUAUGAAACAUCGUGGGGAAAAGUUUGUCUCUGUAACUCUUUAUGGAGAUGGUGCGGCUAACCAGGGACAGGUGUUUGAAGCCUUCAAUAUAGCGAAGUUAUGGAAUCUUCCUGUGAUUUUUAUUUGUGAAAACAAUAAAUAUGGUAUGGGUACAUCUGUGCAGCGUUCAUCAGCAAAUACUAAUUACUACACUCGUGGAGAUUACAUUCCUGGAUUGUGGGUUGAUGGUAUGGAUAUACUUACUGUUAGAGAAGCCACACGUUUCGCUGCUGAUUGGUGUCGUUCUGACAAAGGACCAAUACUGUUAGAAACAGAGACUUAUCGUUACCAUGGUCAUAGUAUGAGCGACCCAGGCACUAGUUAUCGUACACGUGAAGAAGUUCAGUCGAUGAGGCGUGGACGAGAUCCUAUCGCUUUAUUUCAGAAGAGCAUUGUGGACAAUGGGCUAUGUACACAGGAUGAAGUUAAGGAGAUCGAAAAAAGGGUUCGAACUGAAGUAGAUAAAGAAGUAGAAAGGGCGAUGAGCGACUCAGAACCACCACUAGAGAUGAUGUUUGGAAAUAUUUACCAUGGGAUACCUCCAAACUACAAGAUUCGAGGUUGUGAUUUGAAAACUUGGGGUUCACCAUUUGUCACUAAGUAGCGAGAUAGCUUUACGUGUUCUGAAGUUUGAAAAAGCUGGUCAGCAUAUAUUAUUUAAUUUAUUAGUCAGGCUUUUAGUAUUUUCUAAGGUACGAAGAAUCACAAAUAUUUAAUCCCUUCAUGAUACAGCCUGUAUACGUAUGAAUAAUUUUGUAAUUUAUAUCGUCUGAAAUAAAAUCUUAUACUAUAAUAAUGA